AUGGCGUCCAAGGACGCCAGUGUUGAGAAUGAAUCCGUCCCUGAGAAAAGGGAAACGGAGGUUAUUGAGGCAGCGAAUCCGGACGAAGCUCCCCGCCGCCAGGCGGCGGGGGUGAACAUCGUGCAAAACCCGUUGAUGCGCAGCUCCAAGGAGCAGGCGAUCAUCGAUGCACGAGCGUACGCUGAGUCGCACGGUAUGGCUGAGCAUGCGGACUUGUUCGGCCGAGCCGCGGUUGUUGCGCGAAGCCCCCAGGACUUCCUGUCGGCUCCCGAGCUGAGCGAAGAAGAGAUUGCUGCGCUUACAUAUGAGCGGGAUCAUAAAUGGCACGGUCCGAAGAUGCUCUGGUAUGCCAUUGCUCUGUGUGCUGUUGGAGCUGCAACCCAAGGCUGGGAUCAGACAGGUUCCAACGGAGCCAACUUGUCUUUCCCUACAGAGUUUGGAAUCGACGGCAAGAACAAAAGCGCAGCGGAGGCCGGCAGGGACGAGUGGAUUGUCGGCAUCGUCAAUUCUAUCAUCUUUUUGACCGCUGGUCUUAUUGGUCCUUUUAUUGUCGAUCCCCUUAACCAUUAUCUAGGCCGACGCGGCGAAAUCUUCCUUACUGCCCUCUGCCUUACUGCCACCCCGAUUGGUUCCGCGUUUGCAAAAUCCUGGCAAGGCUUGUUUGCUGCGCGUUUCGUAAUGGGUAUUGGCAUCGGUGCAAAGAACGCCACGGUCCCUAUUUACUCCGCGGAAAUGGCUCCGGCGAGAACUCGAGGUGCUCUGGUGAUGUUUUGGCAACUUUGGGUGGUGGCUGGUAUUUUCCUGGGCUUUGCAGCUAACGUAAUCGUGAAGGAUGUUCCUAAUAUCGCUUGGCGCCUCCAACUCGGGUCUGCCUGCAUUCCAUCCUUGGUGCUUGCCAUCGGCAUCUUCUUCUGUCCCGAGUCACCUCGCUGGCUCAUGAAGCACGGCCGGCAUGCGGAAGGAUAUAAAUCAAUGGCACGCCUGCGCGCUCACCCUAUCAUUGCCGCGAGAGACUUCUACUACUCGGUUGUCAUCUAUGAAGAGGAGCUUAAAGAGGCUCGUGGUGCAGGCUAUUUCUCCCGUAUGUGGGAUUGCUUUGCCGUCCCGAGGAUCAGACGCGCCAACUACGGUGCCUCUACUGUCAUGAUUGCCCAGCAAAUGUGCGGCAUCAACAUCAUUUCCUUCUACAGCUCCAGUAUCUUCUUGGACGCUGGAUACAAUUCUAAUCAGGCCUUGUAUGCAUCUCUUGGAUACGGCGCUGUCCAAGUUGUCUCUACCAUCCCCACACUGUUCCUGAUUGAUACUAAGGGCCGAAGAACCCUUACAUUGAUUACCUUCCCUUUGAUGUGUAUCUUUUUGCUUGCUGCCGGCCUUUCCCUGUUGAAUCCGACGACAGACAAAGGCCCCAAGAUUGGACCAGUUGUCUUAUUUGUGUAUCUAUUCACAAUCUGCUACUCCCUGGGCGAAGGGCCAGUCGCCUUCCAAUACUCAGCUGAGGUUUUCCCUACUAUUCAGCGUGAGCAAGGAAUGGCUUGGGCGGUCGUAGUCAACAACACUUUCGCUGGCAUUCUUAGUCUCACCUUCCCUCGGAUGAAGUCCGUCAUGACCCAAACGGGUGCUUUCGGGUUCUAUGCCGGUCUGAACCUCAUCGCUUGGUUCAUGAUUUUCUGCUUCGUCAGAGAGACCAAACAGCUCACUUUGGAAGAAUUGGAUCAGGUCUUCUCAGUUCCCACCAAGAAGUUCAUUCACCACGAGUUAACCGUCUGGCUUCCCUGGUGGAUCAAGAGCUACAUCUUCCGCCAGAAGAUCCCCAGACCUCCUGCAAUCAUUGCAACCGGCGAGGGAGUCGGAAAGUAA